AUGCUCUACAGCCAGUUCCAUAUUAAAGACCUUGGUCAACUGAAGUAUUUUCUAGGGAUUGAGGUUGCCCACUCUAAAGAAGGCUUGUGCCUCUGUCAGCACAAGUAUGUUCUUGAUAUUUUGGACGACUCCGACUACACUAGUGCUCGCCCGGCAGAAACACCUAUGGAACAAAAUUUGAAAUUAUCCAGUGAUGACGCCGAGCCACACCUUGAUGCUGCACACCGGCUGUUACGGUAUCUCAAGAGCACUCCAGGCCAAGGCACACCUUACCCAUCUGAUGGCACCCUGGAUCUCAAGGUAUAUUGUGAUUCCGACUGGGCUAGUUGCCCUAUGACCAGACCCUCCACCACUGGAUAUUGUGUCUUGCUAGGGUCCAGUUUGGUUUCAUGGAAGACAAAGAAGCAACAGACUAUUUCUCGCUCUUCAGCCGUGGCUGAGUAUCGCGCAAUGGUUGUCACCACUUGCAAACUCAUAUGA